GAAACCACCGACCUUGUAGGGCAAAGGUUCUUUGGUUUGGUGAGUGUUAUUUUAGAACCUUUCAUCGGAUUACCGGUCUGUCACUGAUUUCAAACUUCCACGACCAUCCGCUUCCAAUUUGUUUGUUUUUCAUUCUGAUUCGAUUCUGGUUAUCGCCAAAUUUCUCGGUUUUCCGCAUAUUUUGGAUUUGGAGGGGUUUGAAGAAAUAACCGAACUUUGGAAGGAAAAACACAACCCCAUGAUGCAACGCGUGGUUGAUCAUGUUCUUGGUGUUGCUAAAGAGUCAUUGAAGGCAAUUACUUAUGAGUCCUUAAACAAUAUUGUGAGGCUAAUCAAUGGAGUAUCAGCCCUUUUGUUGGCACUACUACCUGGGAAAGCUAAUAUACUUGAAGGCAUCCAUGGUUGGGAACUCAAGCCAACUUUCAGGGGACCGCGAUUUCCACGUUGGAUGGAGAAUGGUGUAUCCUCUUUCAACCAGUUCAUCCAUGAACUUUCUGUGGAUUCUGAUAAUUCAAGCCUUGAAUACUCAUCUGGAGAAGAAGAUAGUGAUAGAUUCGAUUGCCCUCCAUCUCCCGCAUCUCAGAGUUCUAGAACCUCAGAAGCUGGUUUUGCAAAGUACAGUAGGCAUCAGAUGGAUUGGAUCCAGUAUAUCUUACUUUUGAUUUUGUUUCCUGUAAAGUUAUUGCUGUGUAUUCCACUUCAUCUUUUCCGGUUAGUUUAUUAUGGGGUGUCGAAAGCCAUGUCUAUCACUGGAAAUAAGCGCCCUUCGCAUUUACAUGCACAUAAGAGGGUGCUAAGCCUCAAGGAUCAUAUUAUCCAUCGUGCUACUGAUAGGAGACGUGGAGUUGUAGAGGAUCUUCAUCAAGGCAUAGAGUUAUCUAUAGAAGCUGUCUUCGAUGUUGUUCACAAGGCAGCACAUCUUCUUAUUUCGCCUUCAGAAGCUUUUGGGACAUUAUUCAGGUUGUUUUCAUCUCAUGAAAGUGGCACUAAAGAAGAUUGUGAUGGUGUUGAGGACACCCCCAUUUAUAGUGCUACAUUAGGAGAGAAUGACCCAACACCUACACAGAGGAAUGUAAAGUAUCAGCCUCUGAAUACAGAUGCCCGGACAUGCCAGGAUGUCAUAACAGACCUUGGGUAUCCAUAUGAAGCCAUUCGUGUGAUCACUGCUGAUGGAUAUAUUCUUCUUUUGGAAAGAAUACCUAGGCGAGAUUCAAGGAAAGCUGUUUAUCUUCAGCAUGGGGUUUUUGAUUCAUCAAUGGGUUGGGUAUCUAAUGGUGUUGUUGGCUCUCCAGCUUUUGCAGCCUAUGACCAAGGGUAUGAUGUGUUUCUGGGGAAUUUUCGUGGUUUGGUUUCUCGGGAACAUGUCAACAAGAACAUAUCAUCACGUCAAUACUGGCGGUAUUCCAUCAAUGAGCACGGGACUGAGGAUAUUCCUGCUAUGAUAGAUAAAAUCCAUGAAGUAAAAACUGCUGAAUUGAGGCUUACUAAACCUGAUAUAGAGGAGGAAACUGAUGAUGAUCAGCUUUACAAUCUUUGUGCCAUUUGCCAUAGUUUGGGAGGAGCUGGUAUGAUGAUGUAUGUUAUUACACAAAGGAUAGAAGGGAAACCCCAUAGACUUUCAAGAUUGGUUUUAUUAUCACCGGCUGGUUUUCAUGAUGACUCUAAUGCAGUUUUUUCUAUGGCGGAGCUUCUAUUAGUUUUACUGGCUCCUGUUUUGUCUCUUCUUGUGCCUGCCUUCUAUAUACCAACCAGAUUUUUUCGUAUGCUUGUCAACAAGUUAGCCCGGGAUCUGCAUAACCUACCUGCAGUUGGAGGAUUGGUUCAAACUUUAAUGAGUUAUGUUGUUGGUGGAGACAGCUCAAACUGGGUUGGAGUUUUAGGAUUACCACAUUAUAACACAAAUGACAUGCCGGGAGUAUCUUUUCGUGUUGCUCUCCAUCUUGCACAGAUGAAGCGCACCGGAAGGUUCAGAAUGUUUGAUUAUGGGAGUGCAUCCGCCAAUAUGGAAGUGUAUGGUUCGCCUAUGCCUUUGGACUUGGGUGAACACUACGGACUCAUAGACAUUCCUGUUGAUCUUGUUGCUGGACAGAAGGACAAAGUGAUAAGACCUUCAAUGGUAAAGAAACAUUAUAAAUUGAUGAAGGGUGCUGGUGUAGAUGUUUCAUAUAAUGAGUUCGAAUAUGCACAUUUGGAUUUCACCUUCUCCCACCGUGAAGAACUCUUGUCUUAUGUAAUGUCAUGCUUGCUGCUUGUGGAUCCUAAUAAAAAACAUCAAGUGAAUCAAAGGGUUGUAAGGUCAAGGAGGAAAGGACAAGUUGCAACUAGUGGGUAGGUUGUACAAAAAAAUUUACAGUUCAUACUUACUGAAGUACUUCUGCCAUUGCUUGCAAGAGUCUUUGUGUUACAUUGUGCAUGUUUGAAUAUAGAGCUGCUCUGUAUACUAGGGGUCAUCUUUUCCUACAAAUCUUUGUUUUCCGUUUGGAGGAAAAAUAGAUCUUGAAAAUAUGUUUGAAAUGUACAUUGUAAAAUAGUGUACAACUGUACUGAUUAUUAGCACAGAACAAAGGCAGUAGAGUCUAGAUUAAUGUUGUAUUACUAUUUGACUACAAAUCUAGUGUUGUCUUGACAAUUUGAUGUUGUCAUUAGAUUUCCUCAGGCUCACUGACUGCAGUGAUACUUCAAAAGAUGUUGCUCUCUCUCUCUCUCUUGGUAACUUAUUACCCUAAAAUGAAUUUGAGAUUAUCUA